AUCCGAUAGCAAUUGGUCAGCGUCACCGGGAUUGUGUCACUCACGUGACAUCAUACUAGUUCUCCAUUGGUUGCCGCCGGAAGGCGGCUUUUAGUUUGAAUCUGUACCGUAGCCGGUGAGGUUGGAAAGCGGAGGAUUUCACCUUUUCAUCAUGGCACCCGGGAAAAAGAAGAACAAUCGCAAACCUAAAAAUCGCUCAGUAAAAAAUGAAAAACUGGCUUCAUUCAUCAAGGAUUUUGACAGCCAAGUCAAGAUUAUCACGGAAGAAAUGAAGGCAAGUGUUAUAAAUAUACUUAAAGAAGUGGAUAGCCAGUACAAUAUUGAAAUAAUCAAGUUACCUAUGGCUAUAAGAGAAAUGAGCUGGCUGGAUUAUAUUGCAAAAGGUGGAAGUCAAAAGGCGUUGGAGGCAGCUGCCACGGUGAAGGUUGACAUGGAUGAAAUAACAUCUACUGUAACCAAAACACCAUUCAAGAAAGCAAACAAGGGAAAAUGUAAGCCUGAUGAUGAAACCGAGGAACUAAAUCCUCUGAAAAGUGUAAUCAGAACAAAAACGAAGGCCAAGGUUGCUGCAAAGAAACCAUCUACUGCAAGAAAAACUCGAGCUUCCAUUGGAAACAACACCAGUAAAAGGACAAGUAAGAGAGGUCGUGCAACACCCUCUGCAAGCAAACAAGUUAAUACCUCUUUAUUGGGAUAUACACCUGCUGCUACCACUAGAUUUGAUACCAGCAUAUUUAAAACCCCAGCUGUGCGAACACCAUGCAUGCAGGAACCCGUGUAUACAUUCUCUGCUAAUGGUAGCCCUUUGGCUGGUAUGGAUGAGCUGUUUAUCAAUGUGCCUGCAGGAGAUGGAAAGAUUAUUCGUCUUCUGGCCAGUGAGGUGGAUAGUUUGGAUAUUAAUCGCUUAGACCAGCAAACGUUUGAAAACAUUAAAAUCCUCUCAAGUCGACUUGGAAGGCUCUGCAAGAAACUAAAGUGAAACCUUCAUUCAUCCAUAUUGUAAUUUUAUGUUUUUUAUUUUAGGUACAUUUCUGUGUACCAUUGUAAAUAAUUGUAAAAGCCAUGUAUUUUAUUUCUUUGUAGAAAGAUGUCGAAUAAAAAGCCUUUCUGCUGUUGUAAGCUACAACUUUUUUGAAAAGUUGCUGUUCACAACAGCUUCGAUUGGCAUGUUUGACACUCUUGGUUUAUAGAAUGUGACGGGGCAAGGAAAACAUAAACCUGUGACUGUGCAGAUACCGCUUUAUCUUCUCAUUCUAAAUAUUCCAUUAAUAAAGUACGUGUUUUGAACUUAGCAAAACAUGACUAAGAUUU